AUUUUUAUAAAGGGAUAUAUUAUUGAAAUUGUCCUCUAUUCUCUUUACCGAAUGGUUAUAGCCAUAGGUGAUGUCGUGGAAGUCAAUCUAUCUGUUGAUGGAGGAAAAAAAAGAGUGUUGGGCAUCGUGGAAAAGAACUGGGGCGACCUCCUGAUGGUGCUUGUGGGCACCGCGCCAACUCCAUUCUGUACUGUGCAAUGCAAGGACGUGAAGUGGAUCUGUCCAGGCGUGCUUGUGGGGUGGAAGAGCACGGAUAGCAGUGAAUUAGUAAACAAGGUCGCAUCACCACAGAAUACAGUAGAUACGAUGUCUAUAGUCGCAAAACUAAUUGAAGAUGAGAAGGAAUUCCGACCAUUAUCUCCGGCUGUGAGCAAGACUUCAUUUAUGACGUCAGCACAAAAGGAAUCAAACCCUCAACUGCAAUCGUCGUCCUCUCUUAGUAGCUCUUCCUCGGCAUACGAUUCGGUAUGCACCUCAAAUGAUUCCACUAACCCAUUACGCUUUUUGUGUGGGGUAUUCGAUAACUUGACCAAUCGGGCUAAUACAAAGAAUCUCAUAAGCGUGUUGUCAUUGUUAGGCUUGUGGAUUUUUCUUGAGUUGGGUAUUCGUCUCUGUACUCUUCCAAGUAGGUUGGAAGGUCUGGUACUAUCUUUGAUACAAGUUAUCCUUGUGACUUUCGUGGUAUCUGAGGUGGCGUUGGUGCAGCCCGCAGCACGGCCUUCCUCGGCUGUGUGUGUAACGCUACUCGUACCUUUUGUAGUUUUGAGUUUUCCAACCCAAUGUACUAGCAGAGAUUUUGUGGUCUCUUUCACUCUGACGCUGCUUAUUGUUGCGGCAGCGCGAUACCCAGUGGGUAACUUCAAAUAG